CAUACUACCAGAGACACAACCAGAGAUAGAACCAGAGAUAGAACCACAGAUAGAACCAGAGAUAGAACCACAGAUAGAACCAGAGCAACAGAAGAAGAAGAGGCAGAGAGCCGCCCGGUGACCAUUAUUUACUCCAGCUGAGGAAGAGGAAGAUGGGAGGAAGAGUAGAGCUGCUGGAGAUCUGCUGUCUGCUGCUGCUGAGCGGAAACACUCACUGCAGAGACUCCCAGCAGACUGAACACAUCUCCUCCUAUCAGCUGACUGUUCCUCGACCAAUAGGAGGCCGGCUGAGGAGGGACGCUGACGGCACGCCGCCCAAUCAGGUCUCGUAUGUGAUCAGUGUGGAAGGACGAGAUCACGUCGUUCAUCUGCAGAGAAACCAGCUACUGCUUCCUGCUGAUUUCACCGUGUUUACGUACAGAGAGAACGGAUCAGUGCUGAGCUCCACACCUGCUGUACAGCGUCACUGUCAGUAUCAGGGAUUCAUUCAGGACAUGAAGGGUUCCUCUGCUGCUAUGAGCAUCUGUAACGGCCUCAGAGGAGUGUUGCACCUCUCUGAUGACAGUUACGGUAUCGAGCCGUUAGACUCCUCCCCCGACCAGCACCUGGUCUACCGCCUGCAGGAUGUGACAUCACAGCCUCGGGGGUGUGGCACGCCGCACACUGAGCACGCUCACAACAACGGCACCGAGCAUGCUCAGUACGACGCGGAGGAGAUCCACCACAGACAGCACAGCAGGAUGAAGAGAGCCGUCCUUCACAAGACUCACUAUGUGGAGCUGCUGCUGGUAGUGGACUAUGAGAGGUAUAAUUAUAUGAACAAGAAUGCGACAGCAGUGAGAGAGGAGAUGGUUCAACUGGCGAACUACAUCGACAGCAUCUACAUGCAGCUGAAUGUGAGGGUGGUCCUGGUGGGUCUGGAGAUCUGGACUCAGCAGAACCUGAUCAGCACCGAAGGAUCAGCAGGAGAAGUUCUGAGUCGCUUCACUCAGUGGAGAGAAAAGGAGCUGGUGACCCGACGCCGCCAUGACUCAGCACAACUCAUCCUGAAGAAGAGUUUCGGGGUGACAGCAGGAAUGGCCUUCGUCUCCACCGUCUGCUCCAGGAGUCACGGAGGCGGGAUCAACGCGUUCACGAAUAACAACCUUCCCUCCUUCGCCUCCAUCGUGGCUCACGAGCUCGGUCACAACCUCGGGAUGAACCAUGACGACGGACGCACCUGCACCUGCCCCGUCGCCGCCUGCAUCAUGAACUCUGGAGCCACAGGAUCCAAGAACUUCAGCAGCUGCAGCGCGGAGGACUUUGAGAAGAUGAUCCUGCUGACGGGGGGGACGUGUCUGCUGAACGUGCCGCGGCCUGACGAGGCCUACAGCGCCCCCUACUGUGGGAACCGGCUGGUGGACGUAGGAGAGGACUGCGACUGUGGAUCCCAGAAGGAGUGUGAGGAGGACCCCUGCUGUGAGUAUCAGACCUGUAAACUGAAGUCUGGAGCUCAGUGUGCGUUUGGAGUCUGCUGCUCCAGAAACUGUCAGUUCCUUCCUGGGGGGUCGGUGUGCCGGUCCAGCACAGACGAGUGUGAUCUACCUGAGUACUGUAACGGCUCCUCGUCCCUCUGCCAGAGCGACGUCUUCGUCCAGAACGGUCAGGCCUGCCGGCAGCAGAAAGCGUUCUGUUAUAACGGGAAGUGUCAACACGCUGAUGGACAGUGUCAGGACAUCUUUGGUCUCAAGGCGAAGGCUGCUCCUGAACUCUGUUUUAAGGAUGUGAACAGUAAAGGAGAUCGCUUCGGAAACUGUGGCUAUCAUAACUUCGGCUACAGGAAGUGUGAGAGCAGAAACGCUCUGUGUGGGAAGCUGCAGUGCUCCAACGUUCAGGCGAAGACGAUCUUCGGCAUCGAGCCGUCGAUCAUCAGCACGCCGAUCGCUGGAGGGAAAUGUUACGGAGUCGACUUCAUGCUGGGGUCAGAUGUUCCUGAUCCUGGGAUGGUCAACGAGGGGACCAAGUGUGGAGACCAGAAGGUGUGUCUGAACUUUGAGUGUCGCAGCGCCGACAUCCUGAACUACGACUGUGAUGUGGAGAAGAAGUGUAACGGCCACGGGGUGUGUAACAGUAAUAAGAACUGUCACUGUGAGGACGGCUGGGAGCCUCCACACUGUCAGGUCAAAGGUCGCGGAGGCAGCGUGGACAGCGGACCCACCUGGAACGAUAAGGACACGUCUCUGCGGGACGGGCUGCUCGUCUUCUUCUUCCUCGUCCUUCCUCUCCUCGCUGUCGGAGCGUUCGUCUUCCUGCGAAGGAACGAGCUGCUGAGACGCCUCGGGGUGAACCGCAGGAAACGCUCCCAGGGAUACCAAGCUGACGGAGCAGCUUCAUCCAAUCCCAGCAGAGCUCCGCCUCCCAGAGCACAGCCGCCUGUUACCCGCGGCAACGCCAGCAACAUCGUCCGAGACGGGCACAACGCUCAACUACUGCAACCAGAGGAGGUGGUGCAGACCAGCAGGACAUCUUCCUCCUUCAUUGCGAGGCCUCCUCCUCCUCCGAAACCUAAACCGUCUCCUGUGUCUCAGCCUCUGGUGCCUCAGAGACCCGCACCCCCCCCACCUGUCUAAGAGCAGGGUGGCCCCGCCCACCACACCUGAUUGACACUCCCCCCCCCUUCAACCCCCCCCCCCCACUCAGAGCUGGUUACCUAGCAACAGCCAAGAUGGCAGACUGCCGGUCCUGAAACCAGAACACAUACCGGACCCAGCCGGACCGGACUGGAUCCACCAGAACCAACAGGAAGUGAAGCAUCACUGCUGUCAGUCAGCUGACUCACAUCAGGUCACAUGACCCCUCUCUGUCAACAAACCAGCCAAUCACAAUCCUCCUUCAGGCACUGUGACGUCAUCAACACGACCGACAGAACGCGUCGUGUCAUCAACCUGCGUCACUGAACUGCUGUCACUCAUUUAGCAUGCGGGCUAACGGCUAACUAGCAUUAGCAGGCUAAAGGCUAACUAGCAUUAGCAGGCUAAAGGCUAAUGCACAGGUAAAGGGGCGUGUCUCUUUAUCAAACACCUGCUCUCUGAUUGGCUGGUUUGAAGACACAGAGUUCACACUUUGUUUAUUUCUUUCUUUGUCUCUGAAUGAAGCACAGAUAGCAUCUGAUAGCAUCUGUUAGCAUCUGAUAGCGUCAGAUAGCAUCUGAUAGCGUCUGAUAGCAUCUGAUAGCACGUUCUUUCUGCUCAGCACUGUCAUAGGAAUGUAACGU